AAUAAAGUGCUAUUUCUCCUCAAUGCAAGACAGUUUUCAGACUGUGGAGAAUUGGGACAGGGCCCGAAACCGUCACAUUUGAUGUCACUGUUUUUCAGGUGUGUGUAAUUAGCUUAAUUAGUCAGGUCUCCUUUGCAUUGUUCCUCUUGGUCGUUGCUGUGCAGCGAGAAAUCGAGAACUCAAGCACAAUUCAGUUCUAUUUCUGGGAAAUUGCUGAAUUUUGCUAAAAAAAAAAAUAAAAUAAAAUGCACGAAUGAAGCGUGACGACUAACAGACCGAACACAUCGCAAGUUUUAUAUACUCGUCGAUAAACCUGCUUGACCUGAACUCAGAAAUCUGUUGGAUUAGAAAUGGCUCUCCAACAGACCAGCACAUAGAGGCCUGUCCAGAGGGCUGCAGAGGGUAUUUAAGGAGUUUUAGUUUUAGUUUAGGUGGUUUGUAAGAUUUUUUUGUAUAGGUGCAGCUUUAGUGUGGUGUGGUGCACUUGUGGUUAGCAUGUGUGCAAACUGUGUCGUUUUUGGAAUGGGUGGUAAAAGGGACUGGGUGAUGUUGAGUUUACUCAUUGUUGGGUUGAGCCCUCUUGGACACUGUGCUGCUCUGAAAGAUGGAAAGAAGCUGGAAUCUUCGAGUGUUUUAAAUACGAAUACACAGAGAACUCGUAUAUUGGGUAAGAAAGCUGGAGACCAGAAGCUAAAAUCAAAGGUAUGGCCCGGAAGACUCAUCAUUGGGCUAAAGGAGAGUGCUCCUGAGGACUAUCACAAUAUUCCUGAGGGCAUGGAAAGUGGCAAUGCAUCUCCUCAUCAUGAACCUGGCUAUCAGUCUGACCAGGCCGACUGGAGCGAUCUGCAACACCUCCAGGGAUCGGUCUACGGCUUCGGUGCUCCCUCGUCUCCAGCAGUGCAGCAGCUGCUUGGGAUGAGGCCCAAAGUGGAAUGUACUGAAGAUUUCAUGAGGCUGAAGGUUCACGGAUCGAUCAGUGCCUUUGAUUAUGGUUUGCUUAUUGAUCGAGGUAGUGUUCCACCCCUUCCCUUAUCGAGAGUUCCUUUAGAGUGUGGCUUCCGAGUACAGAGGAGGUGGAGGGACUUGGACUUUAUUGUGCCAUAUGAUGGAUGUUAUGUAUUGCAAGAGAGGGAUGCCUAUGUUGUCCCAAUACGACUGUGUGGAUUGGAGGCUAAACUGUCUUGUCCCUUGCUGAAUCUGGCUCCAAGUCUUCCUUCUGUCUCCUGUUAUCCUAACGGCAUGAUCGUAAAAACUCAAAAUGUUGCCCCUGUUGAGGACCUGCGGGUCAAAGUUGAGAAUCAGUGGCAGCUCCUUUUGGAUGCAUCACCUAAAUGUGGCUAUAGCAUAGUGUCCCACCCAGACGGCAUGGUCAUCUCUGCCCCCUAUAAGCCGUGCAUGGAGGAAAAGAAUGAAAUGUAUUCUCUACACAUGGCUGCAAAAACUGAGUUCAGUCUCUUCUGUCCGUCCCUUGUGCCUGGUUUACCUCUUAAUCUGUCAAGUCCACAUCCACCAAAUCUGAGCGACAGCGUUGAUGGUUCCACUGUAGACGUAGUGCCGACUGAUGCAAGUCCAGAACCCACUCAACGUCCAACAGGCUGGCAAUGGUUUGGUCGUCCUCAUCAAGGGUAUAGACCAGACACUUUUAAGCCUAAGCCUAGUCCUACUCCUUCUAGCUGGAGAGGUCCAUGGCCUACAAGUGUACCAUCUGCAGCUACACCACAAAAUGUUCCUGGAGUGCAUUAUCCACAGUUUCCUGAAACAUGGUACCCUCCAUACCCUCCAUACCCUCGGCUAACCCCUACUCCUGCUCCACCAGUUCUCCCACGAAAGCCCAAACCUGUCCAAGAUGUUGCUCCUACCUCUGAACCAAGGCCUGCAUUUCCAGACCCAUCUUCAGAACAACUUGGGGAUUUUGGUUACCCACCUCCUGAAGUACCAAGGGAAACUACUUUUCCUAAAUAUGAGGGUGUCCCCCCACCUGUGUCUCUUGGUACUUACCCUUUCCUAUACCUGGGAGACCCUGGACCUGUAAACCCCCCUGAAAACAUCUUUGUCCCUGCAGCUCAACCUUAUCCACCCCAGUAUCCACCCCAAUAUCCACGAGGGCCUUUACCAUCAUCUACAGUUGAACCAUUUGUUGCCUCUGGUGUUCUUGGGCUGACAGGUUAUCACUGGGCACCUACCGAAAUGCCCCCGGAAUCUGGUCUUCCCCAAGGACCCCAGUGGCCGUAUCCAUACCAGUACCCACCAAGACCUGCUCUUUCCCCCACGGCUGCACCUCCAUUUGAAGCCUCAAGUGUCUUGGGGGCAGCAGGUUCUCGUUACCAGGAUGUUUCACAGACAUCAUCAAACCCUCUUGGCUACCCGCAAUGCUGCCAGUCACCAGUAAUGUACUCAAACUGUUGCCCACCACCGGUAAUCUACCAUCAGCACAAUCACCACCACUUUGAUUUCUCUAAUCCCAUCUUUAACCAUGGUGCAACAUCAAGGUCAACCAGAAACUUGACCUCAAAAGCUUUUUAUCAUGUUGCGCACCGUGGUUCUGCACAGAGAUUCGGCGCUACGCAAAACCGGGGUGACUAUGCUCAUUCCCUGCGGUUAAAAGAUGAAAUCCAGCAGGCAUCUGCAAAACCCUACCACCGAUUUAGCAAGCAUACGAAGCUCACAAAGCCAACGACGAGAACACAGAUGAUGCCUGACUCUUCUACUCCGCCAGCUAAACCUUUUUGGGCUGGUCAGGUGCAGCCGUUAUUGUCUGGCUCUUCACAGAACACUCCAAAUCCUGUAGCUUUUGCUCAUCUUGGAAAUCUUGGACAUCUUGGAGAUAACGAUGAUAAACCAAGACUUGGACCUGCUCCUAAUUUUGGUGAAUUCAGUGCUGAAUACAGCAGAACAAAUCCUCAACCAGUGCCUGAACAAGUGCCUGAAGAAAAUGCUGGUCCAAGCCUUGUGGAAGACAUGUCCUGGAGUGGUCCAGCUCCGCCCAUCAUUUCAACUUCAGGACAAGCACAUUUACCAGACCCCGACCCCUAUGUGCUCCUACCUCACCAAAGUUUUCAGCCGAAUUAUCGAGAUCCAGUUAAUAACAUCCAACGUCCUGAUUACAUUAACCUUCCUACGUAUUUCUCACGUGACCCUUCCACACAAGUGGUGCUCACGGGUUUGGAGACCAGACCUGAACAACAAAUGCAAGACCGUAGUUUAACAAAUCAAAUGAUGAUAAAUCAAGGUGCAUCUGAGCAAACUCAAAGCUCUGAGCCUCAAGUUCAACCAAGCGCUCAUUCUCAACAGCAGGUUCCUCGUGUUCCUGGUGGACCCCCCAGUGCUCCUUCCUCCAAGGAGCUUACUGAAGCCCCUUCAAUGUCACUCUUACAAAUGCUCACUGGACCGUUUAGCCAACGCUGGGUUCCUGUUGUUCCACCUAAUCAAGUGGAGCAAGCAGGUGGAGUUCGUACGCCCCCCAGCAGGCUGCAACCAACUAACUACCAGCCUCAUGGUCUUGUUUGACGUUUGUUCCUGUUUGGACGGGAGGAUGAAGAUGGGCGCUGCUUUAGUGUAUUUAAAAUAAAAUAAAAAAUAACUUAAUGAUGUUAAAAAAUAAAAAUUGGGCUGGAUCUUUU